UGCACCAAAGAGCUCUCAGGUUUCUGCUGAUACUGCAGCGUCAAGAAAUGGCUCGAGUUUGCUCCUUGCUCUUCUGCAUUCAGCAGCCCUCUCGCUCCUGCCACACGCGUCCAGCUCCUGCCUCCUCCUCCUCUUCCUCCUCCUCCUCCUCCUCCUCCUCCUGCUGCUGCCGCUGCUGCUGCUGCUGCCGGGACGAGCCAAGACCGACUCCGGGGAUGCGGCUGCAGGACUGCGGCUCGCUUACAUCUCUCCAGCCCCGGCUCCUUUUCCAGCUGGCUUAAGGGAAGAGAGCAGGAGAGCCAGCGGCUCUCUAGGACUCCUUGAUUUUAUUUACUAACUCCAGCCUUUUGAAAAAGGUACUUUGCACUCUUUUCCACCCCCCCCCCCCCCCCCCCCCCCACUGCGGUUCUCGGCAGAAACUAAUUAAACCCACUCGCCCUUGGUGCAGCCUAAGGCAGUGUAUGAAUAUUUCAGUGUCUCGCAGGCAGCCCUGUAAAGCGAUCGCUGUAUUAUUAAGAGGGGCGCAAGAGGAGGAGGAGGAGGAGGGUUGAGUUGGCCGCUGCGGUUUUUGUUUUGGUUUGGUUUUUUUGGAUGCUGCUGCAAGGCGACUUGACGCAUUCCGGCACUGGCUCCUACUCCUAACCAGCGCAUCUCACUCGGAGCAGCAGCCGCGGCGAUGGUCGAGUCGGCGAGAAAAGUGGACGGAUCGAGUUAAAGGCAAAAGGAGACGGCUGGGGAGGGGACCCCAGCCUGGGGGUACACUCCACAGACCUUCAGCCUGCCGGCUUGGGGGACAGGACCCCUCACCUUACCUGCCCUCUUCCCCCCCUAAAGGUACUUCUUCCCUCUUUCUUCACCCUCCCAUCAUCCCUGAUGCCUUUACCUUCAUCCCACCUCUCCUUUCCCCUUUUGGAUAAUUCCAUCCUUUAGGCUCCUUGUCCAUCCAUUCCUCCAGCUCUCCAUCCCGACUCAUCAUCCCUCCCUGCGGACUCUGAGCCUCGCCCCCCCCCCCCCCCCCCCAGCCCCCGAACUGCCCUGGGGCUCUCUGCUCUCCUCCCCCCUCCUCCCCCCUCUCAAGUCCCUCUCCCUCACUUCUCCUCCCCUGCCCCUGGGUCCCCCUUCCCGUGUGCCACCAUGACCGUGAUGGCUGGAGAGAACAUGGAUGAGACUUCUGCGCUACCUGGCCACCCCCAGGAUAGCUACCAGCCCGCUGCCCACGAUGACCACGAGUGCUGUGAGCGCGUAGUGAUAAACAUUGCUGGACUACGCUUUGAGACGCAGCUGAAGACCUUAGCCCAGUUCCCCAACACUCUGCUGGGCAACCCCAAGAAGCGCAUGCGGUACUUUGACCCCUUGCGCAACGAGUACUUCUUUGACCGGAAUCGGCCCAGCUUUGAUGCCAUCCUCUACUACUAUCAGUCUGGGGGGCGGCUUCGCCGGCCGGUCAAUGUGCCCUUGGACAUGUUCUCUGAGGAGAUCAAAUUUUAUGAGCUGGGUGAGGAGGCCAUGGAGAAGUUCCGGGAAGAUGAAGGAUUCAUCAAAGAUGAGGAGAGACCCUUGCCGGAGGGGGAGUAUCAGCGCCAAGUAUGGCUCCUCUUUGAGUACCCAGAGAGCUCUGGGCCUGCAAGGGUCAUUGCAAUAGUCUCUGUCAUGGUGAUCCUCAUCUCCAUCGUGAUCUUCUGCCUAGAGACGUUACCUGAGCUGAAGGAGGACAAGGAGUAUACAGUGCAUCGCACUGACAACACCACCCAGGUCUACAAAUCCAACAUCUUCACAGAUCCCUUCUUUGUUGUGGAGACCCUGUGCAUCAUCUGGUUCUCCUUCGAGCUGGUGGUACGCUUCUUCGCUUGCCCCAGCAAGACUGAAUUCUUCAAGAAUAUCAUGAACUUCAUUGACAUUGUGGCCAUCAUCCCUUACUUCAUCACCCUGGGCACCGAGAUGGCCGAGCGGGAGGGGACUCAGAAAGGAGAGCAGGCCACCUCCUUGGCCAUCCUGAGAGUCAUCAGACUGGUAAGAGUCUUUCGAAUCUUCAAACUCUCCCGGCACUCUAAGGGCCUCCAGAUUUUGGGACAGACCCUCAAAGCGAGUAUGAGAGAGCUAGGUUUACUAAUCUUCUUCCUCUUCAUUGGGGUGAUCUUGUUCUCUAGUGCGGUGUAUUUUGCUGAGGCUGAAGAACCUGAGUCUCAUUUCACAAGUAUCCCUGAUGCUUUCUGGUGGGCGGUGGUAUCCAUGACCACUGUGGGCUAUGGUGACAUGUACCCUGUGACAAUUGGAGGCAAAAUCGUAGGCUCCUUGUGUGCCAUCGCUGGUGUGCUGACAAUUGCCCUGCCUGUACCUGUCAUCGUGUCCAACUUCAACUACUUCUACCACCGAGAAACAGAAGGGGAAGAACAGGCUCAGUUACUUCACGUUAGCUCCCCUAAUUUAGCAUCUGACAGUGAUCUCAGUCGCCGCAGCUCCUCCACAAUCAGCAAAUCUGAGUACAUGGAAAUCGAAGAGGAUAUGAAUAAUAGCAUAGACAAUUUUAGAGAGGCUAAUCUCAGAACUGGCAACUGCACUGUAGCCAACCAAAACUGCGUUAACAAAAGCAAGCUGCUGACUGAUGUGUAAACAAAAAAACCAAAAUCCCCACUCACAGCUUGAAGACUUUAGUGACACAGUCACACUUUGUAGAUGCUUUACUGAUAGUCUUUGAAUGCUUUAUUUACCUCGUAAAUGCAUUGUUGCAUUGCGAAUUUUUGCUCAGCGAUAAAGAAGCUUCCAGGAUCCAUGAAAGAUAAGGUUUUGUUUAUUUUUAAAAAACAUUUUCCACCUGGUAAAUGAUAACCGUUUGAACUAGUUUAGUUUUAAGCUGUAUGACGCUAGACCUAAACUUUUCCUCUCCCAUCUCCCUUUUUUUUUUUUUUGGUUGAUGAAGUUAACUUAAACUAAGCAAGACAGUUUUUAGAGCUAUAAAGCAUAUGCAUGGAUUCCAGUAAAAAUAUUCUGCAAAACUGCACAGUUGCAAGAAAGUGCAUCAGAUAAUAAUAAUAAUUAAAAAAAAAAGAUUAGCAAAAACCUGCAGCAAGCAUUUGCCAUGGUUUCUAUGAAGGAGCGCAAACUUUCCUUCCACCCCCUAUGUGAAAGAUUCCAUUCUUCCAAUCUACAGAUCCACACAGCACCUUAUUAAAAACAUACUUAAGCCUGGUCUCUUUUGCUGUCCAUAGAAGAACUGUUCUAAAAGGAAUAUAAGAAACAAAACUGAAGACAAAACAUCUGCAAUGCUGCUAAGUUCUCUUACGUGCAGAUGAUUUAACCACACUUUUUCUUUUCCCUGUCCAGAACUGGAUACAAAACUUUAAGCCCCUCUGUUGCAAGAUAGCACAAUAGAGUUUAAUAUAAGCAUGUUUGAAUUUGAUACUAUUUAUUUUAUAAUCGCAUGCCUGAAACGUUACCUCAGACAAUAGCGGAUAAGCUUUCGUUUGAACUGAAUCUUCUAAAAAUAGGUCCUUUAUCUCUCUUUUUUCUUUUCUUUUCUUUUUCUUUUUGAUUUGCAUUCACCAGAAGUGCACUCCUUAAUUUAUUAAAUCGUUGACUAGUAAUUUAAAGUACUGUAUUUAAGUGCGUAUGUUAGUCAAAUGGGAACAAUAACUUUUGGAGAUCAAAGCAUGUUCAAAUAUUCAGCAUUAUGGCCUAUUUGAUUAAGGUGUAACUUGAAUUAAUGCAUGAAUUCAGUAAUAAUAAUAAUAAUAAUAAUAAUGAUAACAAUAAUAAUAAUAACAAUAAAAACAAAAUAAAAAAAAGUGCUUGAUAGACUGAGGGCCUGAAUGAACUGAUUAGAGAAACCUGAUUGUUUUCCUGCAUUGCUCAGGGAAAUGUGUUGGCUUUUGUCCAGGCGUUGUCGGAAAGACACAUAUCCCAUCCCUUAAAGGGACAGCUAUAUGGAAAAUUAAGAAGUCAAGUUAUACAUAGCAACACCUAAAACCUAGUAUCCUUUAUAGCUGAAAGGUGCAGAUGCAUGCUUUUUGGUGCAUUCUCAGAAUGUAAAUGAAACUUAUCUAUUAUAUGCAUCCAAAUUGCAGCAGCUGGUUUCUUUUGCAGUCAUUAGUUGAGACUUUUUUGUAUUCCCCUAAAACUCACUGAAGAGACUCAACAGAUUGAUUUAGGUAGUUGCGCAGUGCCUUUAUCUUACAUCCCCUAAAUUGCUGAAAGUGCCUCCAGGAACUGAGCUGGUCAGAGAUAGUGAAGGAGAGGGCAAGGCACGGACCCCGUCAGGACAGUCUGUGCUGCCUCCUGGCACAGCACAGAAGGAGGUAGAGAAAGAAAGAAAGAGCAAGUGUGAGUGGGAGGGACGCAGAAGAGGCAGGCUGAGACCACCAGCACCCAUGGGAUACCUUCCUUCCCCAGCCAGUCUGAUGCUGCAGGGCUCAGCAUUUGCUUCUGCCAAGUAACUCGUAGUUGUGUUUAUGCAAGACUUCAAGUUUCCCUAGGCUGUUUAUAGAGACAUCGCUGCCAUCGUUGUAUCUGCCCUUCCUUUCCCUGAGAGGGCUUUUUGGCAGCCUGUCCCAGCAUGGCAGGAUGCAGGAGGAACUAGGGACCAACAUGAACUGCGGCAUCGCCUGGUCGGGCAACCAGACUGCAGGGCUGUGCUUUCCUUUCCCUUGGAUUCCCCAGCAGGUAGGUGGGAGAGGCUUUCCAGUGCCCUCCCAUCCCUGCCUCCUCCAUCCCCUUUUCGGCAGGCUGUCAGAUCUUAAGUCCCCUCACAGAUCCUUUGAGCCAUAUUCUACUUUCUGGUCCCUAACCUUACUCUACUCCCAUCAUCAUCUGGUGAAGGAAGCAACAUUAGGAGAAGGUAUCUUGUGCAAUAUGCCAGCCUUGACUGCUGGGCCCUAGAAGAUAAUACUCUUUGAUCUGAUCUAAUGUAGGCACUAAUCUUUAUUUUUUAAAUGGACAAAGUUGAGGAUCUUCAUUCUCCACUUAGCAUGUGGCCAACCGCUGUUGAACACCUCUCCUUCCACAUUGUACAGAUCCUUUCUUCCCCUAUCUUUCUGAUAUAUGUAUAUAUGUGUAUAAAUAUAUAUGUGUGUGUCUGCGCAUGUGCGUGUCACACACAUACGCAGACACAUAUAUAUAUAAAAUCAAGGCACUUAGAUUUAAAAAACAACCCUAACUCUGCAGCUACGCACAAGCCUGACCUGCCAGGCUUCCAGAAAGACUUGACUUUAUUUCUCACUGUGUGGCUUCUGUGAAUGUUAAUGAUGAGAAGGCGAUCAAGAACUGAGGGAGCUCUAACUCCUGCAAGAAAUGCAAAGCAUCAGAUAAAACAGGGCAUUACAUCCUCUAGGUAGAUGUUGUAAAGCUUCCUUCCUGUCCCCCACUCACACCCCUGCCCAUCGUACACCUCUCUCCCCAUUAAAUUCUGGUAGUCCUGAUCUUCCCAAACUCUUGAAUUCUAGGAUAUGACUUCUCAUGUCAAAAUGGACUUGAAUGCUGCACUCAGCUUAUAAAACAACCAACUGACUAAACUAAACAGCAAUAAUCAAUUCAGUGCUGUGGGACUGACGAUCAGAAAGUAGCGUCUGGGACAUGAGGCCUCACUUUGGUAACUUAACUUCUGCCACAGCUGGGUAUGCACACCUUAGUUUAAUGAGCAGAACGAUAAUCAUUCCGCACAGGUAAAGAGAAAAGUGCUGCAUGCAGCAAUUCUUCUUUGUCAGGAGACCGGGAUGGAUCAUUAGGACUCAGGGUGUUUUGGGGAGCCUGGAUGUUGCUUUGUCCAUUUAUAGCUCACUGCAAAGGAUCUCAAUACAUAUGGAGUACAGGAAUUAACCUCGUGUAGCAUAGGCAUGCGUUUUCGACAAGUUUGACACAAAAAAAUAACAAGGACAAAAAAGGCUCUUACCCCCUUUACACAGGAGUGCUGAAAUGUCUUUGUGGGCCUGAAGGUGCACUUAACAAACUGCCUGUUCUUACCAGUAAGCAUCCUUUUCUUUCCUUCUUUCCUUCUUUCUUUCUUUCUUUCUUUCCUUCCUUCCUUCCUUUCUUCCUUCCUUCCUUCCUUUUUUCCUUCUUUCCUUCUUUCUUUGCUUUUUCUUUUUUCUUUCUUUUUCUUUUUUCUCCCCCUUUUGGUAUAUGUUUCUUUUUGCCACACGUGACCUCUAUGGCGUUGUUUAUGUCAGCGGAUGAGGACUGGAAAUGAGCUGAUGGCCAAUUUAGUGCAACUCUGAAAGAGUCAGGAGACCUUCGUUCAUUUGGUAGGGACGUCCCAGAAACGAUGCCCACAUUACGCUGGACAGAGAAACCAGUAGAUACGGCAGUCCUAGCUGGGCUGUGGUUUGAUGAGGCAAGGCAGCUAUCCCAGCAUAAGGAGUCACUACCCAAGCCUCCUUUACCAGCCACUGCUCUGUGCCUCUCUGUGCUUCGUAGUUGCCCCCGUACAGCUUUUCUUCAUCCACUCGGUGAAGGGGAUGAGGGAACUUAGCUGGCAGGAGCAAAGCAGCAGUGCACUGCAGUGCAGAGGCAGGAACGAAGUGGAGAAGCAGCGGGCAGGAAUCCCAUAGGCUGGUAUCACUGCCAAAAUUCCCCAUCUGGUCCUACCGUCCUUGGCUAUAGAGCACUAGGGAACAGGCAGAGGAGCAAGGAGGAGAGGGAAAAUGAAAGGCCCCGUACCCCCUUCCUUCACAGAACUGUGAGGCUGCUGCCAGAGUGCCAAGAGCUCAAAUGCUCUGCGUGGCAGCUCCAGCAGAGACAACGAACUGGAUUUACUUGUCUUCACGAGGAAGUUAGGGUGCAGUAAGCCAGGGUGUGAGUUCACAGCAUCCUAGCAAACCCAUGCAGGUCCCCUGCAUGGAGUCUCUUAAGCCUUAUCUCCACUGGGGACUUCAGGAAAGCUAAUCUGAAUUAAUGAAAGGUGUGCAUUUAAAGCAGAUUUGUUAAACUGCUUUAAAGUCCAGCAUGGACAUUCUGUUGCAGUAUAAAAGCAACCUUAAUCUGAUUUGGAGUCAUUCUUUUUGGAAGGAAAGUAAGCUGAAUUGAAUUAAGGCUGCUUUAAUUCUGAACACAAUGGGGCUUAAUGCAGUUUACCUCAUCUGCCUCACAAGUUCAUUCAGAUAGAUAAGCCUUUAGUAAUCAUUAAAUGUAAUGGAACUGACCCUACUUUGCAGGGGGUGGCUGGGCAGAGCGCGGCCAUGUGCUACAAAACUCUCGGUACGUGAGUGCUGGAAAUUCGCAGCCUGGCUUACUGAGGGGUAACAUGUUGUUCCUGGUAACAAUUCUAGUGAUUUCCUUCCUUUGUUCCUGGUUUACACAUCCGUAGGUGUGAGGAGAAUCAAUCUUGCUGCCUUCUGGGAAGUUGACAAUGAUGACGGCCCAAGGAAAUUAAUUUCCACUUACAAAGUCUCUAACUGUGCACGUGCUUAACCUGAUGUACUGUUCAUCACGUAGACAAGCACUUGAAAGACAGUACAAAGCACUAGAAACAGGGCAAAAUUCAGCAAAAGUCCUCUUGUUUUCAGCAGUCAUUUUGCCCAAGUAGGAAUUUCAGGGAUCAGACCCUUAGCAUAUCAGCUGUGUAUCAUUCAUUAGAGGCUGCAUUGGCCCAAAUCAACAAUUGGAGCAGUGGCAACUUUUAUUGACAAAUUUUUUACUAAGGGACAAUUGUUUUCAUUAGACAGAAGUACAGAAGGUUUGUUUCUAUUAGGAGGGAGCUGAAGCCCAAAUGUAACAUAAAAACCUGCUUAUUUUUAUGUAUAAGGAACUGAGGGCAAGUUUCACUUUUCCAUAGUUCACACUUGGACAGUGCAGUUUCUUAUAUGCACGUAUAUUAGCCGAAAUAAAAUAAAUACCAGGACAGGAACAUCUGAAACUUAUUAGAAAAAGAUGGAAAGUUGUAUUUUAGAGUAAGAUCUUCUGCAUACAUGUGGAAUACGUGGAGAGAAUAUAUUCCUUUCCAAAGACUAGCUUGAUAACUGUUUUUAGAGGGGUGCCAUUCUGGAUUAAUUAAUUUCCCCUAACAUGAAGAAGAGGGAAGUACUGCAGCUUUUCCAGGAAUGGGCUGAUCCUGUAGGCUUCCAGCAGCCUGAUGCCACUGAUCGUCACAGUAAUUUCAGACUCACAGGAAUGCAGAACCAGCUCCAAAGUGUGAUUUACCCUCCAUAGCCACAGAGCUGGACGGAAUUGGAAAGCUGUCCUUGCAGUUGCACAACAUGGCAAGUUUGUUCCAGACCUGCCUAUCACAAGUCUGAAACAGGCUCCUUUUUGGAGAUGCUUUAACCAGGGACCUACAUUUCAGUUUUGGUUGGACUUAUUUCAGGCUGAGUUUCUUUUUCUGUUUUCUGUUGUUCUGGCUUUACUUAAUCAGGUGUAGAGAAUUUAUUUUUCCUGAAAUGCUUAUCAAGUAUUCUUAAAGGUGUCAGUAUUCGUAUCUGCAAAAAUGAAACUUCCGUGUUCUACUGUUUCACUCAGUACAGGUGAACUUGCCACCGGUGAGGUCAACAAUUUAUGCUGUCAAGGCAUAGCAUGCUUUGAUAUUUUCAAAGGAAAUAAAAUGAAACUGAGGUCUUAACUGAAAUUUGUCUCAAAAUAUCUGUUAAUAUCUAUGUAAUUCUGUAUAUUUCACCUGUUCACAGGCUCUAGCAAAUGUCACUACAAGUUACAAAAAGAAAUCAUUUUCCAUUUCUAGUUUCUAUAAUAAAAUGAAGACGUUGCAUUCAGUUCCUUUAGGUGCAUCAGUCUUUGAUCCAUGUUAUUGUUUCAGUGACAUUUCUAUAAUGUAAUUGGGAUCAAAUGUAUAUUUUACUUUUGUACAAAAGUAAAAAUGAUAUUUUUAUGACUAAAUUCAGCAAACCCUUACCUAUAACCUGCUAAGAUGAAAUCUUUUUUUCCUUUCCUUCACAUGUAAACCAUUGUUUUUGCAGUAUGUCGGUUUGAAAUGAAUAAAUAACAGCUGUCAAUAGAACUGUAUAUGGCCUCUCAGACAUACCUCUGAUUUUAAGGAUCAAAUAUGACCGAUGUGAAAUAUAUAAACUGAAUAGUCUCCAUAUGAAAGUGCACCAUCAGGGCAACAAACCAUUUAAGCUGACACAGCUGUACUUAUUUCCACCAUUUACCAAUCACUUACACUUUGGGUCAAGUAUGUACUUCAUUGUCACGUUACAGUUCACUUUACUUCCAGUAGUGAAAUCGUUUGACUUACCAUUUUAAGAACAUCUAAUGUUAUGAGUUCUUGAACUAUUUGAAAUGCAUAGUUUUCAUCUAUGCAAUUUUACCUGCUUCUGUACUUGUUCAUCUGUUCAUACUUGGCAUCAAUUAAAGAUAAUUUUUAAGGAUCUUA